AUGGAGCUGCUCUCCUCUUCCUCGCGCUAUCUCCUCCCAAUUUCAGGCUUCCUCCUAUCACUUCUCCUCCUCUACAAACUAAUAAUCCCCAUCAGGAAUCCCAAAUCCAAAACACCUUCCAACUUACCGCCGGAGCCACCAGGCGGCCUCCCGAUCAUCGGCCACCUCCUUCACUUCGCCAUCUCAAGGAAAACCCUGGCCAGAACCUUCGCCGACAUGGCGGACCGCCACGGGCCGGUCUUCUCCGUCAGGCUGGGCGUCCACCGUGUCGCCGUCGUGAGUGAUGCCGCAACCAUCCAGGAGUGCUUCACCGCCCAGGACAGGGCUCUGGCUUCUCGGCCGAAAUCCAGCCAGGCAGAGCACCUGACCUACAACUACGCCGGCUUCGCCGCAGCUCCCUACGGGUCGUACUGGAGGGACGUUCGCAAGGUCGCCGUCACGCAGCUCCUCUCCGCCCACCGGCUGAAGUCGCUCGGCCACGUUCAGGCGUCGGAGAUUGGGAUGUUGAUGAAGGAAUUGUACCUGCUCUGCCUCCAGGGAAACGACGAGCCCGAAAACAGGGGAGGUGGUUCCUCCGUUGUUGUUGUUGUCAUCAGCGAGUUGUUUCAGCAGCUGACUUCGAACUCGAUUACUCGAUUGAUCGCAGGUAGGAUUUCCUUAACUGUUCCCUGCAAUCCAACAAAUAUCAUCAAUUUUUAA